AUGAUCACAGAGAGGGACAUUGCGCCUGGUAGCGAUGUUGAGCAGGACAAUACAGUGUGGAAAAAUAUUUGUAUUAAAUUAUUUCCCUUGGGAAUCUCCAUGGGAUGUGGAGUCACAAAAUCAAGUGAUAUAGGAUCAAAAGCAUGCAGAAAAGCCCCAGCAAUGAGAGCAGCGAUAUUAAUUCAGCGGUGGUACCGUCAAUACGUCGCCCGCAUGGAGAUGAGACGCAGAUGCAUCUGGAACAUCUUCCAGUCUAUUGAAUAUGCAGGACUGCAGGACCAGAUAAAGCUGUACAAUUUCCUGGGCUACCUUGUCGAUCACUUCACACCAGCUAGCAGUGAACGAAACCUGAUCUCUCACAUCUUCAGGGAAAAUGAGAUCUGUCGUGACGUGGAGUGGGAGAGGUACUUCUGUUACAAGAACAUUGAAGUGCCAGAAAUCUACUCUGGACCUCACCUCACCUUCCCUCUCACUGUUGUUCAGGCAAAUGAAUUAGUGGUGGCCUUCAAGAACAAAAAACAGCUCCAUUCUCGAUAUGUCCUCCAGCUUCUCCUGGAAACUUGGAAACUGCUCAAAACCCUUCCAAAUAUCAAUCGGAUCUCUACCUGCAACAGCAAAGAGAUCACUAUCUGUGGAGAUUUACAUGGGCAACUUGAAGAUUUGCUGUUAAUAUUUUAUAAGAAUGGUGUGCCAUCAAUGGAGAAGCCAUAUGUUUUCAAUGGGGACUUUGUGGAUCGAGGGAAGGACUCAAUCGAGAUACUUCUCAUCCUAUUUGCUUUCCUACUGCUGUACCCGAAUGAUGUUCAUCUUAACAGAGGAAACCAUGAGGACCACAUUGUUAACCUUAGGUAUGGCUUCACCAAGGAAGUGUUGAGUAAAUAUAAGCUUCACGGGAAGAGAAUUCUGAAGCUGCUCCAUAAGAUCUUUAGUUGGUUGCCCCUGGCAACGGUAAUUGACCAAAAGGUGUUGAUUCUGCAUGGAGGGAUCUCUGACACCACUGACCUCAGUGUCAUCACUAAAGCUGACAGACACAGAUAUCUAUCAGCACUGAGGCCUCCAAAGAAGAAGAGACUUGACUCAGAGGGACACUCAUCUUUAGACUCGGACAUGGACGACGAAUCAUGGGGCCCCAAAAACAGCCCUGUCAGAUGGAGGCAGGGUUCUCUGACCUACCGGAACCCCUUCAGCUCCCGUAACGAUUUCCAGCGGCGAUCACUGCAGGACUUCUCAGACAGGCUAAAAUGCUCAGAGGAGGAGGAGGAGGAGUUGGUGGAGCGACGGAGGAAAGCCCGGUUCAGCUGGUCCUACAGGGACCUCCACCAGUCCCUUCCCUUUGACAAUGACUCUGACUCCGCUGAGCUCUACGAUGUCAACAGUGAGGAAUGGAAACAGAUUGUGGACGUUUUGUGGAGUGACCCCAUGCCUCAGGAUGGCUGCAUCCCCAAUGACUUGCGGGGUGGUGGGUGUUACUGGGGCCCAGACGUGACGGAUGAGGUCCUGAACAGACACAACUUGCAUCUGCUUAUUCGCUCCCAUGAAUGCAAGCAGGAGGGCUAUGAGUUCUGCCACAAUCGCAAGGUUGUGACAAUUUUUUCUGCCUCCAACUACUAUGAGGUGGGCAGUAACAGAGGUGCCUACAUUAGACUGGGUCCAGAUCUGGUGCCUCAUUUCAUUCAGUACCAGGCCAGUGAUAUGACUCGAGGACUAAGCCUGAGGCAAAGUGUUGGACAUGCUGAGCACUCUGCCCUAAGGAUCCUGAGAGAGCAGCUCUUUGCACACAAGUCAGAUCUCAUCAGUGCCUUCCAGGAGUAUGACCAGGAGAACACAGGUUUCAUCUCUCAGAAUAACUGGGCUGAAGCAGUGGAGAAAGUGCUAAGACUGAAUUUGCCUUGGCGGGUUCUGCGCACUCAGCUGGUGACCUGCACCCCUGACGGCAUGCUUGACUACCAGGCCUGGUUCUGUGAGCUAGCCAUCAAAGAACCUGCGAAUGAGAAUGUACACCAGAGAUUGCUAGAGACUCUGUACAGACAUCGCUCCACCCUCGAGACGAUCUUCAGAAUCGUAGACACAGGCAACUCAGGCCUAAUCUCCUUUGAGGAUUUCCGUCAGACAUGGAAACUGCUCAGCGCCUACCUCAAUGUGGAAAUCAGCGAUGAGGUCAUCUCCGAUCUGAUGGUCAGUAUUGAUUCUGACCAGGACGGUUGCAUUGACAUCAACGAGUUCAUGGAAUCAUUCCGUUUGGUAGACAAGAACAGACUGGAGAGGGGGCAAAGCUUGUUAAUAGACCAGGCCUCAGAUCUCCCCCAGGAGGAACCCUCAUCUGAGACAUGA